AACAUGUCAAAGUGAGCAGUCACACCCGACAUUUUUGAAUUGCAGCGGCCAGCCCUGCAGUUGUAUCUUUCUCACUCAUGGCACCCAAGGUGGAUCCUGCCCUGCAUUUACUGGGAGGAGCGGGUUCAGGCAUGGUAGCCUGUACUGUGCUCCAACCACUCGACCUUAUAAAGACACGUCUCCAACAACAACGACAAGACCACCUUGCAUUUUUACGUGAGGCAAAAACCAAAGGCUUAUUGGUUGCCCCUCAAAAAAGCAACAUUUACUCUACUGUGAGAGAUAUAAUUCGAACCAAUGGCCCAAUUGGUCUCUGGCGCGGAACCUUUCCAACUAUCUUAAGAAAUGUACCUGGCUCUGCAAUGUAUUUCUUUGCUCUGGCUGAAAUGCGAUCAGCCUUAGCCACAACGCGCACCACUGGCAAGAACCCCCUGCAAACGUGGGACAAUUUGCUGGCUGGCGCUGCCGCAAGAGGCUCUGUUGGUUUCAUAAUGAUGCCCAUCACGGUGGUCAAAAUUAGAUAUGAGAGCAACUUUUACAACUACAAAAGCCUCACAGAUGCUUUUAGCUCUAUUAUCAAAAAUGAUGGUGUUCGCGGCCUAUUUGCUGGAUAUGGUGCCACGUUUAUUCGCGAUGCUCCUUUUGCAGGAAUAUACCUCUUUUUCUACGAACAAUGCAAGUCGACUGCUAAUGCAUGGACAGCACACAAUGGCAUCAAUGUAGCAAAUGCUGCGAUCAAUUUGGGAUCAGGUGUACUUGCAGGCGUGACGGCUACAUGCUUCACGCAACCGUUCGAUAUGCUCAAAACUCGUAUGCAGCUGAAGCCACUUGUAUAUAGAAACCUUUGGAGUUCAGCAAAGAAGGUGAUAGCGGAGGAAGGUGCUAUCGGCUUCUUUGAUGGUAUCAGCGUACGACUCAUUCGAAAAUCCUUGAACUCGGCUGUUUCUUGGACCAUAUACGAAGAAAUUGUUAGAUGGCACCACAACAGUCAAUUGAACGCAAGCGCUCUGUAAUAUAAACCCUUGAAUACACCAUAUGGCUAUUCUUGCAACGACAAGAAGUACUACCAACGUAAAUGAAAUACAUGUAUAUUAGAUAAGACCUGUAAUAGAUGUGAGCUGUAACUCUCUUUAGAUUUGAACCACUUGCGAGAAUUGCAGUGAAAAUUUACUACUCAUUUAAAAAAUCGUCUCACACAAGUUUAGUUUUUACUAUAAUCU